AUGUCUGCAGCAGCCCGAGCAGAAGCGCGACGGAAGGCCAUUCUCAGCAGAGGAGGUGACCGCUUGGCGAAGCUCACUACCUCUGCCAGAGGAGAAGACGGGUCAAGUUACCUGAACACCGAUGCACCUGCAUCAAAUUCCAGGGCUUUCGUUGGAGAUGAGAGUAUCAUGCCUACACCUCCAGCUCGCACAUCCCCUUCUCCGCACCUUCCUGCCGACGCGUUCGUUGCGCCGAACGUCGAUCCUUCCGUAUGGUCACAGGAGCAGCAGGCUCAGCUUCUGCAAGCCCUCAUGGGUGGGAUGCCUGGGCCCGGUCAAUUCCCAGGGAUGGUACCCCCGAUUCAAGGAGACAUUCCGCCUACACCGCCAGACGACCCUUUCGCUACCAUGAUGGCGUCUCUGCAACAGCAAUCGCAUCCACAGGCUCAAGCCACCGGAAAGGCACCCGCGGUAAAUGCUCCCCCCUCGCGCUUGCAAAAAGUUAUGCCGUUCGUUCACUUGGGUGCAAUGUGGCUGCUUCUCGGUUACUUUGUCCUCUACAAGGAACCCGAGCUCUUCCAGGAGAGGGCACACUUGACGCAGGCUGUUAGCCUACAGAGCAGGUGGUCAGAGCUUAUCCACGCCCCCAGUGUUGCGGGCGCUUGGGGGAUCACCUUGGUGCCAUUUUUCUGGGCCUUCACCACGAUUCAGAUAGUGCUUCAUUCGAUGAGGAUAUUGUCAGGUUUCGAUGCCGUGCAGCCGCCAAUGCUAUUAUCGUUGGCGCUCCCUCAUCUUCCUCCUACCAUUACGUCUGUAGUAGUCAACGGCAUGAAGUACAUGCAGAUGGCAUCUUUGUUUUUGGACGAUAUUGCUGGACUGAUAGUAGGGAUAGGGUUUUUGAUCUUCUUUUCGAAUUUAUUCACGCAGUAG